GGGAAAACAGGGGAGAAGCUCCCGGUCUUUAAUCGAUAUUUUUUGUAUUCACGUAUUUUAGUUUUAUUCUUUAUGUUAUCGAUUGAGGAGAAAAACGUUUUUGCUGCAUGUAUAGCGUGUUUUAUGCCAUAAAUGUCAUUUUUAUUCCUAUAAAAUAUGCUUGAAUGUCUGAAGUGAUCCUUCACUAGGAGGCCUCUGCGCCUUCGCUCUCAGCUGCUUCGCAGUAGCGGCUGUGUAAAUUGAUACGUAAAUUUAACGCCAGUCGGCUGCUUAAAGGAAAUAACAGAGUAUUUCGAGUUUAUUAUCAUUUAAGUUGUAUUUGAACGGCUUGAGCUAAUUUUACAAUACCUUUACUGAAAAGAACAUCUUUCCCCACCGAUGACGGCGCGAUGCAAACCAAAUUAGUGUUUACAUUUCUCGAUGCAGAGCGUUAACAUUAAGCUUUUAGGGUUAGCUUGGCGGCUAGCAAAGUGUUUCGGGAGCAGAUUCAGUUAAAAUCUUGCUGUUGUCUUUUACACAGGGGCCUGAUUUAUUUGGAUGUAGUGAAGAAUCCCAAUCCCUUGCUUCAAAUCUGAAAUUGCAAUAUGACUUGCGGCUCAUGUCAAAUUAGCUACCUAUAGCAGGCUUCUCUAGGAAGUUCAAGUCCAGUUGGCUCUUUAUCAUCAGAGGACCAUGACUUUGACCCAACUGCAGAAAUGUUAGUUCAUGAAUACGACGACGAGAGAACCCUGGAAGAGGAGGAGUCUUUAGAUGGCGGGAGGAACUUCAGCUCUGAACUUGCAGAUUUAGAAAGGGAAGGGAACAUGCCUUUGGAAGAACUUUUGGCGAUUUAUCGCUAUGAGGCGUCAGCUGGCUCCAGUAUAGACAGUUCCUCUGGGGACCUGACUGAUGAGCUGCCUGACAUGACAUUGGAUAAGGAGGAAAUAGCAAAAGAUCUGUUAUCUGGUGAUUAUGAGGAGGAGACCCAAUCUUCAGCUGAUGAUCUGACCCCAUCAGUUACUUCUCAUGAGACCACAGACUUCUUUCCAAGAACACUUCGAUCCAAUGCCAUCUCUGAUGGGGAUAAAGAAUCAGAGUGUGACGAUCUUGGGCCAAGCCCCGACGACUCUGGAAAAGAAAUCAUGGUGGGGGUUGAGUACCAAGCAGAGGUGCCAUCUGGCCUCUGUCACUACAAAGAUGAGGAGAAAGUGUAUGAAGAUGAUGAUGAGUUACUGUGGAGCCCAGACGUUCUGUCCGAAAACAAGGUUAGGAGUUAUCUCUCUGAAGUGUUGUCAAGGACAACGGAUGAAAGCACAGGAUGCGACAAACCAGGGAUGCAUGUUCGAGAUGACGAGCAGGCUUUGUACGAGCUUGUGAAAUGUAACUACAGCAUCCGUGAAGCACUAGAAAGAUACUGCAACCAUGUGAAAUCCUCUAAAGAAAAAUCUCCUCCAUGGUCGGAGGAAGAAUGCAGGAACUUUGAACAUGCUCUCCAGAUGUACGACAAGAACUUUCACCUUAUUCAGAAACACAAAGUAACAACACGGACAGUAGCAGAAUGCGUAGCGUUUUAUUACAUGUGGAAGAAGUCCGAGCGCUUCGACGUGUUUGUGCAGCAGAAUCGGUUUGGGAAGAAGAAGUACAGCAGCUAUCCUGGUGUAACUGACCUGAUGGACAGGCUGGUGGAUGAAGCGGAGGGCUUGGCGGUGGACAGCUCGUCAUCUGUGUGUUCAGGCGCAGGUGGAGGGGGAAGGAUGGAGGCCACAACAGAGCAGCAGCUCAGUCUGCUCAACUCCAUCACUGCAAGCGAUCUCACAGCUUUAAGCAACACUGUAGCCACAGUAUGCUCCCCUGGAGAGGUGAGUUGCUUAGACUCCUACAGCUUUCCUCCUCUGGAAAGUCUCCACCGUGGAUCCCUGAGCCACGACGAAUCCCUCGGGUUCCCUUCCAACGGCGCCGACCCCGACUGCCUCAACAUGCUCGACGCCGGCUUCUACUCCGACCUGGGCCAGCUCGGAGGAGUGUGCGUCAACAAGGACUGCGAGCGGCCCUCCAAGAGACUCAAGAUGACACUGCCUGACUCGUUUAUCAACGACGUUUCCGUCGCUAACCUCGGUGUGGACUUUGAAGCCCGACGGACAACAACGCACCACCACCGAAUCACCGGCGCCAAAAUGGCCGUGUCCGUCACAGACUUUGGGAGCUUAGCCGGCAGCGGCGAGCCCAACGGGUUUCUGGGAGCGCACGCGCGGCACCACACACAGCAUACUGCAGCACUUCAGUCAGAGUGAUCUUCCUCGUCUUCUUCCUCUGUUCUUCCCUUUUUGAAACCUUUUUUUUUUUUUCUUGCUUGUACAUAAGACUGACCUCACUGGAAAAUCUGAUUUGUUUAAAUUCUAUUAUAUAAAUAUAUACAUAUCUAUAUAUAUGUAUAUGAAUAUACUUUUUGUUUUCAUUUUUUGUGUAAUAUGACAUCAGUGAUGUCUACCAUAUAGAACUAAAAUCUUGAUUUCUCUCAAGAGUUUAUAUAGCCAUUUAUUUUAUUUUCGUUUGCGUUUACGAGAUGUGUAACGUCCGUGUACCGUGGGGCCCAGAAGCUGCAGUAGGAGAGUCGUGAAUCUUCUUCCCUGACAUACAAGCAUCUUCAGCGCUACAGUCUGUUAUCCUGCCAUUCUUUUCAGCUGCCAAAACAGAUUGUUUUCUGCCUCUAGUGUUAGUAGUUGCCUGUCUUUAUUUGAUGUGGUACUUAUAUUUAAUUAUUUUAUUUUUUUUUUUUUAAUUGUGUUUGGUUUACAGGUACUUUUCAGUAAUCAGAAUGGUGCAGAUGGUGUUGUUGACCCCCCACCAACUCCAAAAACUUGAGUGGAAGUAACACUAGCAUGCAGAUUCGCUCAGAGGCCAGGAAGUGUUUUGACUUGCUGCAAAGGUUCUUCAAUUUGAGUUAAUUUAUGGAGAUGCACCAAUCAGAAUCUUUGUUACAAAUUUUUUUUGUAGUACUUUAACCUAUACCUUUUUUUUCUGAAAUUUUGAUUUGUCUUGAAGAGACAAAACUCAUCCCAUCCCAUUCGAUAAAGAAUGUAGAUUAAGUUUUCAAAAAGGCAAAUCUGGCAUGUUCUAUUACUCACAGCACUUAAAGGAAGAAAAAAAAAACAGAGUACUUUAGCUGAGUUAAGUCUUGCUCUUUUGCAGCCUAAUUUAUACAUAGAUUAUAGAAGUUUAAUUUCCAAACACUUUGUUGAUACUAAAAUAAUUAGCUUCCAGUCUUUUUCUCUCAGCUACAGCAUCGAACCCCAAGGAGUGCGACGCACAAAACAUGUCAUGAUUUGAAACCGUAAAGAGGCGCUUUCUUGGUGCAUCUCAUCUUUAAGUUCAGAUUAAUUUAACUUGGCAUGUGCGAACCUUUGCAGCAUCCUAAUUUUUAAUUUAAUUUUUUUCUCUCAUGUCAAACCUACAUUUCUGGCCCUGAUUUAUUGUUUUGUCAUCGUGCUUCUAAACAGCUGGUGAAGAAAACAUUUUACAGCCUCAACGUUAUUGAAGUCGCAUUGUUUUCCUUUUCUCCCAGUUGUGAAAUCUUUGGAGCAAACUGUAACAGCAAUAUAGCAAUGCAAAGAUUGUGGUUGGGUUAAUAGCCAUCUAAACACUGACACAGUCAAGUUCUGUAUUUAUUGAGUAUACUUUGACCUUUGUAAGACUUAAUUUAAUGCGUUUAAGUUUGUUCAUGCUGCUCUUUGGCAGGUUUACCUGUAUAUGACCUUGUUAUUGUUAAAUAUGGUAGAAUUUGUUCCUCAAUCAAGUAGCUCCAUUUUUUUUUUCCAUUACUAGCAAGCUUUGGUAAACCUGCUGGUGGUGUUAUGUUUAUUUAAAGCCUCUGAGUUGCGUACGUAACCUCUGCUUAGCCUGUACUGACGAGAGAUGCCUUUUAAAACCCGAUUGACAAUUUCAUGGGAGCAACGUAGCAGAAAUGGAGCGGUUUUUACUUGACUGAAUUCCAUAAUUGUAAAACAAAAACAAAAAAAAUCCACAAAAAAAAAAAAAUGUUCAGCGGAUCGGCGUCAGUGAAUUGGAUGCAGUAGUAGUGUUUACUUAAUUUAUCUAUGCAUCGUGCUAUGAGUGUUUAGUUUGUUUCAGGGGAACAUCAUGUCUGUCUUGUCCAGUACAUGUUUGCAUUUCUCCCAUAAUGUUUGUGUAAAGAUCAAAUUCACGCCCACUAAUCAUCACUAAGUUUCCAUCAUGUAAAUUCAGUUUGAAAGCCCAGCAUCAGAGAGAGGUUCUUUACAUCUGCAUUUCAUGUAAAUAAUUAGCAAAUAGCCUUUAAAACGCCUAUUAACUGACCUCUUACACUUGUGAGUUUGUGUUGAUACAAAGGUUUCAAAUUUGGUUCUCUGUCGGAAAGGCAAUAAUUUGUAGAUAUGUACAGUCAUGGGUUUUUUUUUUUUUUUUCUGCAUUUAAGCAUUUGACUUGUUCAAAUCUCAUUUCUCUGGAUAGUCACGAUACCCAAAAACUCCUGGCGGCAGCUGAAACCACGCAUGCCAGCUGCGCCUGCCUCUCUAGUGUGCCACAGAAAACGGCUUUACCUGAAGACGUGCUGGUAUUACUCAAUGUUGCGGUUUUUGCAGCCAUGUGUAAAAGACACUCAUCUUUCUUUCCUGAAUCUUUUUACUCGUCGAUAUUUGUCUUGAUGGUUAAGGGAUGGCUGCUGAGUCUAAGUAUGCGAAGAGCUCGUUUCUCUUUUAAUGCAAUGUGCAUAAUGCAGUAGGUCCUCCAAGCUCUUCUAGCUUUAGCAGUGCAGUGAUAUUUAUUCCACCUGUGGUUUGUACAAAGACUAAAAACUGUCAGAAUGUAAAGGCCAUCAAGUAGUUUGAGUAGGUUCUCACCUCCCUGUGAACUCGGAAAAUGUGAUAUUUUAUCGAUCUCUCUGGCUUGAGAUUUGUGUGUGCAGGAAAGCACUAAACAAAUUUAUUUUAUAUUUUGUAUUGUGUUUAGAAGUUUAAAAGUUAAACAGAAUAUAGCAGUCGUGUUUUGAAACGGAAAAUUCACAUCCUUUAAAACCGAAAAACACCUUUGUGAAUAAAAAAAAAACCCCUACAAAACCUAAAAAUGUAUAUCCAGAAAUAUAGACAAUCAAAAACUUCACUAUGAGAAAUGUUCAAGAAGCUAUCUUUAUUGUUUAUAAGAAUUGUACAUAAACAUUGCUGUUUUUUUUUUCUUUUGUUAAACAUUAUUUUGUAUUUUCUGUUGUACUUUAAUACCUUGUGUACAGAUCCAGAAAUAAAGCUCUGGAAAAACUUCA